AUGACGCCUGAGUAUAAGACAAACAUGAGCAUGUUGAAGUAUUUUGACAUGGCUUGUAUUAUAGCACUGGGCACUAGCGUGAAGGUUCAAUAUGUUAAGCAUAAUUUGAAGAAGAUGGUGCAUGAUCUUCAAAACUGGGACGACGAAAUGAUCGUGCCAAACCAAGACCAGGAUGACUCAAAUGAAACUGAAGGCACAACUCUACGAGAUCCCCAGUAUACUAAUUCACGUGGCAGGCCACGUUUGAAUCGAUAUAGAGGAAGAAUUGAAUACUACUUUACAAGUUCACAGCCGCGUGGUGUAUUUGGAGCUAGUAAUGGCGCAAGAGCUGGUGUUAGAGGGGAUGGCAGGGGUGGUGGCAGGGUUGGUGUCAAUCGUGGUGGUAGAGGUGGCGGUAGAAGUGGUGGACGUAGGGGUAGGGGUAAUGGGCAAGGCAGAGGUACAAGCGUUGAUUAUGAUGGUUCCCUAGGUGUGAAUGAGCAAAUUGAUGCUACACAAUCGCAAUCAAGCUUGUUUGAUCUCAAUGCCGAACCAGACAUGGAAAUAUAA